GGCUUCGAGCUUCCCUCACACUAUUGAACUAACCAGCUGAUUGCCAAGUUCUCACGCGGUCCUCGGCAUCUAUUUUGUUUGUUUGAUUCGGCAGUUAAAAGGUCUUCGUAAACAAAAAAGUGCAGGAUGGAUUUGCUUGGUUCAAUAUUGGAUUCUAUGGAAAAGCCGCCACCGGUUAACACCAAAGAGAAGGAGAUGCUGAAAAAACAGAAAGAAUUGGCGGAGAAGAUGCGGGCGCAAGAAAAGGCUGAAUUGAGUCGUUUCAGGAAAUAUGUUGAAGACCGCGUCGACAGAUUCUCAAAGGAUGACCGAAAAUAUAUCGAAUUCGAGACAAUGGAUAAAAUUUAUCGAGGUAUUAUACACGAAGUUGCUGAAGUAGCAAAGUUGGUUGCUAUGAGUUUUGGCCGGGAAGGUGUUGACCGGUACACGAUAAUCUAUAAAAAAGAGCAUUUGCCGUCGGAGGAUGAAAUUGCCGCUAGACGAUUAGGCGAAGAAUGGAAUGCAGAAAAAGCAGAAGAAUAUGCAAAAAAGCGUGAAGAACAAAAGCAAAAAGUUACCACUGAGAAGGAGCAGGAAUCCACGUCUACCUCCGAAGUAGUACCAAACUCUAAUUAUAAGGAUAAAUACGCACAUCUUAUAGGACAAGAAGCGGCGCUUGAGGCGGCUCGUAAAACCGAAUCAAACAAGAACUACGGAAUAGUGCCGAGUAAGAACAAAAAAGAUCUCAGGUCGAUUGAACAAACGAUGGCGGAUAUACAGGCAAGGAAACGUUUGAAAACUCAACAAGACGCUUAAUGUUCCUACAUCAGCUUUACAAUUCUCAGUUCAUAUCAAAAUACAUAAAUGUUGUAAAUAUGAGCGCAAGUCAUUCAUGUUUUUUUUUAGUUUGAGAGAAAUAUAAUUAAGUUUAAUUAUACGACGAAAAA